CGGGCCGAUGGUUUAGCCCGGUUGCCAAGGAGACCAAGAGUAACACCAGAGGUAAACCCCAGACCCAGAGGCGAUGGCCACCUUAGCCAGGCUGCAGGCUCGCUCAACCUUCGUAGCAAAUCAGUACUACUUUAGGAACAGUACUGUGAAUGCAUUUAGGAAAAAGGAGAAUGAUGCAUCAGUUAAAAUACAGAGCUGGUUUCGAGGAUGUCAAGUUCGGGCAUAUAUCAGAUAUUUACACAGAGUAGCAGUAAUCAUCCAAAAAUGGUGGCGAAGUUACUUAGGAAGAAAAUAUUACCAACUAGUUGUGAAGGUAGCAUAUUAUACUAUGAAGAUGAAUCUCUACAAUGCAAUGGCUGUCAGGAUUCAGAGACGAUGGCGAGGCUAUAAGAUUCGAAAAUACUGCUUUAAUUAUUAUUACUUGAAAGAGUACUUGAGAGCUGUUUCACAGACUAAUGAUGCAAUUAGGGAGGCACUGGAGGAGUUUGCAGAAAUGAAGGAAAGAGAAGAAAAGAAGGCUAACCUGGAAAGGGAAGAGAAGCAAAGAGAUCACCAAGCCCGAAAGAUGCAUUACCUCCUCAGCACAAAGCAGAUUCCGGGCAUAUACAAUUCACCAUUUAGAAAAGAGCCUGAUCCGUGGGAGUUGCGGUUACGGAAGGCAAAGCCUUUAAUACACCGAAGUGCUGAAGUAAAGCAGAACUCUGAAAGCCUUACCAACUGGCUAGAGUGUACAAGAGCCCGUUCUUUUCCUCAUUGUGAAAUUCUGCCACCUAUUACUAGGAAACAAUGCCAGGGACCCUUCCGAGAUAUCAACGAGGUGUUAGAACAACGCUACAGGCCCCUGGAGCCAACACUGCGGGUGGCGGAACCAAUCAAUCAGUUACAGUUGGCCAGAGAAGAGCUCAGGAAAGAGGAAUGGGUGCGAAAUGUAACUGACCAAAGGUUUUUGCCAUUCUCUUCCUACAAUCAAAAUAAAAAGUACGUCCUGUCAUUACAUUCAUCAAGCAAGUAUGGUUUCGAUUCUUACGGAAAAGAGCAUUUCCGAAGUGAAGAUCCUAAGAAAUGGAUCAGUAACAAGGAUUUCCAAACUGUGUUACCGCCUUUUGAUCUCUUCUCAAAGUAUGGUAAAUUGUAUUCAAAAGCUGGACAAAUUAUAUAAAGAGAUUUCCUUCCUAAAGGACUGUAUUAAGAAGUUUUGUGACUUUUGCAAGAGAAUAUAUAGAUGGUGUGAUGUAGCCUUAAGCUUCCUCCACUUGCCACUCUGUGAAUUGAGCUGGGUUAUGUCAUUUCCUCUCAUGCCUAUAACGCAGCCUUAAGAAUAAUGACCCUGCAAUGUGGCUCUGCUGAAAAUGGCUUUUCCUGUGCCAGAAAAAGAUGAUUCAUACUUGGCUUAGGAGCCAUUUCUGGAAACUGCCAGAACAAAGGACAGAGGUAAUUCACUAAGGGACUCCAUCAUCAUUCAAUCCAAUUUGGAAAUGAUGGCAUAUCACGAAAUACAAACAUUUUCAUUAAUAUAUUUACACACACACACACACACACACACACACACACAGGUGUGUAUGCUAUGUACGCAUCAGCGUGAAAGUAUUUAUAAUGCAGAUGUCUUAACACAUGCACAUAUCGUGAGGAUAUUUAUUU